UUCAGGAGGGGGAAGAGGAGAGAGCAGUUUGGACAGGCGGACGGGCAGUUGCGAGAGACCUAUACCCGCUAAGGGCAAAUACAGUAUAGAAAGAAAAAAAAAACUUUUGGAAGUGCUGACUGACAAGCAAGCACUGUUUGUUUUCUAAGAAGGGAAUGAAUCUCCUUUCGCUUGGAGUUGUUUGCACCAUAACCGGUUUUGAGGAGGCGGUGAGGCGCGGCGGCAGAUGGGAACAUACAGCAGCAGCGCCAAACUCACAAUGCGCCCCGAGUGAACAGAGCCAGGGAGACAAUACAGAUCCACGGGCACACUGAGGAGCUGCAAUCUCUCAUCUGGGCUCUUAUUUUUAUUUCUUCCAAAACCUGUCCCAGAGUGGCAUUUCUCUCCGUCUGCAGCUGCUUUUGUGAUUGACUGAGACAAAAUUGACUUCGCUACGAGGGCAAGUGGUCUGAUCUCCGAAACUCAGCCAUGACGUCUCCGGCGAAAUUCCGAAAGGACAAGGAGAUAGUGGCCGAAUAUGAAACUCAAGUUAAAGAGGUCCGCGCCCAGCUGGUGGAGCAGCUCAAGUGUCUGGAUCAGCAGUGUGAGCUGAGGGUGCAGCUGCUGCAGGACCUGCAGGACUUCUUCAGAAAGAAGGCAGAGAUCGAGGUGGACUACAGCCGCAACCUUGAAAAGCUGGCCGAGAGAUUCCUCACCAAGACCCGCAGCACCAAGGACCAUCUUCUCAAGAAGGAGCACAGCAUUUUAUCCCCAGUGAACUGCUGGAACCUGUUGCUGCUUCAGGUGAAGAGGGAGAGCCGUGACCACGCCACACUGUCUGACCUCUACCUCAACAACAUCAUCCCCCGCUUUGCACAGAUCAGCGAGGAUUCGGGACGCCUCUUUAAAAAGAGCAAAGAGGUUGGCGUACAGCUGCAAGAGGACCUGAUGAAAGUUCUUAAUGAGCUUUACACGGUGAUGAAGACGUACCACAUGUACAACACUGACAGCAUCAAUGCCGAGUCCAAGCUGAAGGAUGCGGAGAAGCAGGAGGAGAAGCAGAUGGGACGCUCCGGUCGACAAGACGACCGACAGACGCCACGGUCCCCUGACACCUUGACCAGCAUCAAGACCGACGAGAAGCCCGUCCGACGCUCCAGUGUCAAGAAAAUCGAGAAGAUGAAGGAGAAGAGACAAGCUAAGUACACAGAGAACAAGCUGAAGGCCAUCAAGGCCAGGAAUGAGUACCUGCUAGCUCUUGAGGCCACCAACAGCUGUGUCUUCAAAUAUUACAUCCAUGACCUCUCCGACAUCAUUGACUGCUGUGACCUAGGCUACCAUGCUAGCCUGCAACGUGCCCUGAGGACCUACCUGUCUGCGGAACAGAAUGUAGAGACGUCCAAACACUCCGGCCUGGAGACCCUAGAGGGGGCCGCAGAGAGUCUGGAGGCCAACGGGGACAAACAGAAGCUGAUGGAGACCUACAACAACGUCUUCUGCCCCCCAGCUCGUUUUGACUUCCAGUCCCACAUGGGAGACACGAUGGGAGUGAUGUGUGCACAGCAGCCGCUGGAAGUUGAGCUACUCCAGAGGUGUCAGCAGCUGCAGUCUCGCCUCUCCACCCUCAAGAUUGAAAAUGAAGAGGUGAAGAAAACGAUGGAGGCCACUCUGUCCACCAUCCAAGACAUGGUGACGGUGGAGGACUACGACGUCUCUGAGUGCUUCCACCACAGCAACAGCAUGGAGUCGGUCAAGUCCACUUUCAGCGAAUCCUAUCUCAGUAAACCCAGCCUGGCCAAACGACGGGCCAAUCAGCAGGAGACGGAACAGUUUUACUUCACGAAGCUGAAGGAGUUUCUGGAAGGUAGGAACCUGAUCACCAAGCUGGAGGCCAAGCACGACCUCAUCGACAAGACCCUGGAAGAGAGUCAGAAGACUGAUUGUUGCCUUUCCAGUGGACGGAGAAACUCGGCGGUACGGAAACAGGAGUCUGAUGAGGCCAUUCCUCUAAUGGUCAAAAGCUGCAUCCGCUUCAUCAGUCGCCAUGGUCUGCAGCAUGAGGGGAUCUUUAGAGUGUCAGGCUCUCAGGUGGAAGUCAAUGACAUCAAGAAUGCCUUUGAGAGAGGAGAGGACCCCCUGGCAGGGGACCAGAAUGACCAUGACAUGGACUCCAUUGCUGGUGUCCUAAAGCUCUACUUUAGAGGAUUGGACCACGCCCUCUUCCCUAAGGAAGUCUUCCAUGACCUCAUAUCCUGUGUCUCGAUGGAGAGCCUCCAUGAGCGGGCAGUCCACAUAAAGAAAGUUCUGCAAUCUCUGCCGAGCAAAACCCUCAUCAUUAUGAGAUACCUGUUCGCCUUCCUCAACCACCUGUCCCAGUACAGCGAGGAGAACAUGAUGGACCCCUACAACCUGGCUAUCUGUUUUGGCCCCACCCUGAUGUCUGUCCCUGAAGGCAACGACCAGGUCUCCUGCCAGGCCCAUGUCAACGAACUCAUUAAAACGAUCAUCAUCCACCAUAACACUAUCUUCCCCGGGCUACAGGAUCUACAGGGCCCCAUCUACACCAUUCCUGGAUCUGGAGAUGACUGCUGUGACAGUCCACACUGUGAGCCCCCCCUUGUGGAGGAGCCUGCGCCUGACACUGUCUCUGUCAGGCACAACAGCGAAGAUGGCUCCUUGGCUGUUUCAGAGUCGGAACCUUUCGAAGCCAUUGCUCGGUUUGACUACUCCGGUCGGACUUGUCGGGAGCUAUCGUUCAAGAAGGGUGCAUCUCUGCUUCUGUUCCAGCGAGCCUCUGACGACUGGUGGGAGGGACGACAUAACGGAGUGGAUGGACUGGUGCCACACCAGUACAUUGUGGUCCAAGACACGUCUGACGGGGACAGGGGAAGUCCAAAACCUGAUGUGGACAGCAGGGACCUGCUGGAGGAGAGAGUGUCUACUAGAGUUAACGCUGCCUCUCCUACUGGAGCACACGUGGCUGACAUCUACCUGGCCAACCUGAACAAGCUGAGGAAGCGUCCAGAGUCAGGGAGCAUCCGAAGAGCGUUCCGAAGCUCAGAAAGCGACAGUGCAAGUCCAGGAGCCAGUGGAGGAGGGGUGAGAACCGCGUCUCUUCCUGUUGGUGGGGCUCUGGUGAAAGAAACUGGAGACAAACGACCUGUCAGCGCUCACAGCAUCCUCAACUCAGUCACCCGCCACUCCUCUCUCAAGACCAAGGUGGAGAGUCCACAGUUGCGGAAGACAACUACAGCAGGGCGUUCUAAGAGCUUCAGCAACCACAGACCACUUGACCCUGAGGUCAUAGCCCAGGUGGAGCACAGCUCACAGGACAUUGAGGAUGCGAUGAGCUCUGCCCUGAGUGAGCUUAGUAAGUUGGAGAGACAGAGCACCUCGAAACAUACACACACACCUGACGUGGUCCUGGACACACUGGAGCAGCUGAAAGGUGUGGGUGGUGGAGGAGGUGGAGCCUCGGAGCCCUCCAGUCCACUCCACUCCCGUCUGUUACGGGACUGUGAGGGGAGCUCCUCACAUGCUCACCCACUUCAGCGCAGCGCUUCCUCCGCCAGCGACACACCCUCCUCGUUUCGCCCGGCCAAGAGCCAGCCACGGAGCCCCCUGCCCUCUGCCACAUCCCCCUCUCUCUCCUCAUCUGUACCUUCCUUUAGAGAGCUGCGCCCACCAGCAACUAGGCCCAAGCCUGUGGUGUUCCCAAAGAGCGGAGGUGGCAGUCCAGCCAUGGGUUCCCCGACCUCUACUGUGCCCCCUACGCCUCCUCCUCCACUUACGGGCCACACACACUCUCUCCCUCACACCCCUCCUCCUCCACCUCCACCCCAGUCUAAUGACAAAUCCUGCCCGGCUUAGGUCUUCUUGGUCCUACCCACGAUACUGAUUCUUACAUACUCUUUGAUUCUUACAGCUCUUCUACCAGGUGUUUUACACACGACCUAACUCACCACUUGUGUAGCAUUCAGUUCUUGGUGUCCGGGUGAGUUCUUAAGGCAUCAUGUUCUUUUUAGAGUGUCAAGAGUUUUUUUGCCCCUUUACUGGCAGCAAUGCUUACUGCAGGUCAGCUAUCAGAGGGUGUAGAUUAGUGAAUUCACAUCAAAGAUACUUCUUUUUCUUUUGCUAACAGAGAUCCAAAGCAUCACUGGAUUUUGAAAUUCAUUUCACAAGGGAACGGGACUCAGGAUGGAUACUUACAGGCCUACAGCUUACAUACACUAGCUUGUGAUAUUUGGAAUUGUGUUUGAGUGGGUGUGCAGGAGUGUUCCUUGCCUUUACACGCAGAUCUAAGUGUGGAACAAAAGACACUGUUUGAUUUUGUAUAGUAGACAUGACUGUUUUCCUUUUUGUUUUCAAUGACCCAUGACUAGCAGACUGGAAGGGAAGGUAGGGAGAAUAGACUGUGAAAUGCUGAGCUCUCGCUCUGUGUUGAAAUGAAACACACUGACUUGCUGCUUCAGAAGUGGAAGACUGUAAGAUAAAGGUGGACUUUUGAGAUGAUGAAA